UUUAUAUUAUUUGUUUCGCAUUUCAAAAGCAAAAAACAAAAAAAUUUAUAGGAAUAUUUUGAAUGGAAAUAAAGUCUUCCAAGAUACUUGUGGUUGGGGCUGGCUUAACAGGCGCUUUAACAUGUAACUUUAUUCGGCAGAGGCUGAAACAAACUGUGUCCAUAGAAAUAUGGGAAAAAAGUCGUGGAGUCGGUGGAAGAAUGAAUAGUAGUCGUAUGAAUACUUCCUCGAACCUUUCAUGUGAUAUGGGUGCUCAAUAUCUUACAGUUACUAAGGAAUACAUGUGUAAGCAUCAAAGUGUUUACAAUGAGCUGCUCAACGAGAAAGUUUUAUCUCCACUUGAAGGUUUAGUCGAUGGAAUGAAGGAUUACGGAGAUCAAGUUAAACAUUAUGUUGCUCCUCGGGGAUUAAAUGCAAUUCCGAAAUAUUUUAUUAACAAAGCAGAUUGUAAUUUAAAAACAAACAAUCUUCUUAAAAGCAUCUUUGUAUCUGACUCAUUUGUUCGCGCUUCUGGCUUCAAUAAUUCAGAUAAAGAAUCUUUUGAUGCGUUAGCUGAUGUAGUUAUUCUUACUAUACCUAUUCCCCAACUUCUAAAAAUUCAAGGUGAGUUUGAAAGUCUACUUGAAGCACACCGAAGUCGUUUGGAGUUGGUACAAUACUCUUCACGUUAUGCUCUUGGAUGUUUUUAUCCGAAUCUUAAGAAAAUAGAAAAUGUUGAAUGGUGUUCAAAAUACAUACCAGAUGGAUCUUCUAUUCGAUUUCUUUCUAUAGACACAAAAAAGCGAAAGUCAAAUGAAGCUGAAGGCACUUCCAUUGUUGCACAUGCGUCUGUACCUUUCAGUAUUGAGCAUUUUGAAAGUCGUUUCGAUGAUGUAGAAGUAUUAAUGAAAAACCGACUGUACGAAAUAAUACCUAGCCUUCCAAAAGCCGAAUCUACGAAAUUUUUACGUUGGCGUUAUUCACAAGUGACUAAACCUUAUGAAGGAAGACCAGGUUGUAUUGUUCUUAAAUUGUCACCGUUGAUAAUAUGUGCAGGUGAUGGAUUUUCAAACUCAAACUUUGAUGGGUGUGUUGAUUCAGCUGAAGCUGUUCUCAAAGUGCUGCAUAGUUACUAUAGUUGAUUUUACAAAUACUUUCUUUUUUAUAUAUUAACUGUUUGCGAAACUGACCUUUCAGUUAAAUACACGCUAAUAUUUUUUA